CAUUAUAUUAUAUUGUUUGGGAUGCUUCAUGCUUCGGAGUUCGGAGCGGAAACAUUAUUAUUUAAUUAGUGUACCAAAACAAAAUGUAAAUUUUGUUAAUAUAUCUUGAAAAUAAGUAUUAUUUUUAAUUUAUAAUAAUUGUCUUCGCUAGAUUGUAUAUAAUAUAAAAGACGUUUAAUUGUGUUGAACAUUAAUUGAAUUACUGUGGUCCGUGCCCUUCCUCGUUUAUAAGCAUGAAUGCUCUUUUGGACUACGGUUCAUCAUCAAAUGAUUCCAAUACUUCUGACAGCAGUGACGACGAAAAAACACUAAAUGAAGAAACUAAAGAUGUUGAGAAACCAAAACUGCCAAAACCAACAUUGGGUGAGAACAGUCUUCAAACAUCAGUAUUUGCAAACCCGUUUGCACAAGCAGAAAUGGCCAAAGCUGCUAUCUUGGAGAAGCAUGUAAAAAUGGUUCCAGGUAGAGAUAAUAUGCAGAUGAUCAAUGGAAAGAAAAUCUGCUGGAAUUUUCGCAAGGGUAGAUGUAGAUUCGGCCACAAUUGCAAAUAUGCUCAUGACUCUGACCUACAAAAGACUACGGAAGAGUUAGAAGCUGAAAAACAGAAAUUAAAAACUGUUGUAUGUGAAGGAAGUGGUACAAUGACAUGCACAGUUCCACCAGAAAUUGAGACAGAGGCUGUCAACACAACUGAUGACAGCAUAUGGGAAGGAGGGGUUAGAAAAAAGAAAAAACGGCCAGGCUUAAGUGCAGGUCUUGUGCCAAGUCAAAAGGUUAUUAAAAUGUAUAAAGAGCAAAAGAUAAAGAAUUCAUAUAAGUAAAUAAUUAAAAUAAA